AAGAACCCGCAUCUGAGGACUUUCCAAUGUUCUCGUGUUCCCUAGUCUAUAAAUCGUUUCGUCUCUGAUAAAUACUUCAACCAAGAGGAGAUAUUGGAAGCCUUGAAGCUCGGAAGGAUUUUUUCGCAAUGGGUCAGGGCGCAUACACACACGUGGCAGGAACCCCCAAGGAUACCUUACAAUUCACGAUCAACGGAGUUCUCUACACCAUUACCGACGAAAUCCGUCCGGAGACAUCGCUGAACGUUUUCAUAAGGGAUCAUGCACUUCUGCGAGGUACCAAGGCCAUGUGCCACGAGGGUGGCUGCGGUGUUUGCAUUGUGGCAGCGGAAAUUCAUGGGGAGGCGUUGGCAGUCAAUUCGUGUCUUGUCCCGGUCCUCAUUUGCAAUGGGUGGAAAAUAAAAACCAUCGAAGGGAUAGGGAGUAAGAAAAUGGGGUAUCACAAGGCUCAGGCGACCCUGGCAGGAAUGAACGGCUCCCAGUGCGGCUACUGUUCAGCUGGGAUGGUCAUGAACAUGUACAGUUUGAUGGAGAGCAAGAAGAAUACGAUGAAGGAGAUCGAGAACUCCUUUGGCAGCAACAUCUGUCGCUGCACUGGUUAUCGACCUAUUCUGGAGGCUUUCAGGAGUCUCGCGAGCGAUGCUGAGCCUCAAAUGGCCCAGAAGGUCCAGGACAUUGAGGACCUGUACAGCUUGAAAAAAUGCCCCAGGUCGGGGCAGCCCUGCGAGCGCAUUGAGGAUGAACCCGAGGUAUUGAUGGCUGUCCAGGAAAUUCGUAUGGAAUUUGGGAACGUGAAAUUUCAAAAAGUCCUCGACUUGGAAAAUUUAUUUGCGGUCUUUGCUAGCAAUCCAGACGCAACGUAUGUUCUCAAUGGUGGUAAUACAGCUCAUGGGGUUUAUCGGCUGCAGAAACCGGACAUCUACAUCGACCUGAACGACGUUGGUGACCUGCGACGAGUAGAGAAGACAGCGGACAGCCUGAUUUUAGGUGGCAAUGUCACCCUCUCGACCCUGAAAAAUACUUUGAUCCAAUUCUGCGAGGAUCCCGGCUUCCACCACCUCCGGCAACUGGCUAAUCACGUGGACCUCAUUGCCAGUGUGGCCGUACGCAAUAUAGGAACGGUGGCUGGAAAUCUCAUGAUAAAGCACAAACACCACGAAUUUCCCUCCGAUCUUUUUCUGAUGCUGGAAACCGCCGGGGCUGAAAUACACAUACUUGAAUCCCCGGGUCAGAAGAUUGUUGUUAACUUCAUGGACUUCCUGACCCUGGACAUGAAUCACAAAAUCAUAUACAGCCUGGUGCUUCCAGCCCUGACCCCUGAUCACAUUUUUCGAUCUUAUAAGGUAAUGCCCAGGGCCCAGAAUGCCCAUGCCUACGUGAACAGUGGGUUUCUUUUUAAGUUAGACGCAGGUGGAAAGGUCCUGGAGAAGCCCAACAUACUUUUCGGUGGGAUAAGACCAGACUUUUUGCAUGCCAAAGCCACCGAGGACUUCCUGAAUGGUAAAUCCCUGUUGGAUAAAGACGUUUUCAAGCAAUCGAUGGAAAUCCUCACAUCGGAAGUCCUUCCCGAUCACAUUCUACCGGAUUAUUCCCCGGAGUUCAGGAAAACUCUUGCGCAAGGAUUAUUUUACAGAUUUGUCCUGAGCCUGAAACCCGAAGAUUUGGACGAAAAACUCCGCAGCGGAGGAACACCUCUGGACCGUGAACUCUCAUCCGGAAAAUGUGAUUACGAAACAGACAAAAAUAUCUGGCCAUAUAAUAAACCACUCCCCAAAGUUGAUUCGAUCUAUCAGACAUCCGGAGAAGCGCAGUACAUCAACGAUAUUCCACCCCAACCCCACGAAGUCUUCUGCGCUUUCGUUCUGAGUAAAAUUCACAGUGGCAGGAUCACCAGCAUCGACGCCACCGAAGCACUAGAGAUGAAGGGGGUGACGGCUUUUCUAGGGGCCAAGGAUGUACCCGGGAAGAACCUCUGCAUCGAUACAGCGAAUAAAAAGCUCUUCGGGGCAUGUGAUGAAUUGCUAUUCGCUGAAGACGUUGUUACUUAUGCCGGUCAGCCGAUUGGCAUGAUCUGCGCGGACACCCAACUCCUCGCCCACGAAGCAGCUCAGACGGUCGUCGUUCACUACAAAGAGAUACCGAACGAGAAACCGGUGAUAACUAAUCAGGAUGCGAUCGCCUGCAGUGAUAAAGAGAGGAUUAAAGAAUGCAUCAAUGCUCCAGCAGCUAAAAAAGGUGACAAUCCAGUCCAGCAAGUGAUAAAAGGCACGUUCAACUGUGGAAGCCAGUACCACUUCACGAUGGAGCCCCAGUCCUGUGUCUGCAUCCCAACAGAAGAUGGAAUGGACGUUUAUCCAGCCACACAAUACGUCGACCUCACGCAUGCCUCGAUAGCUUCCUGUCUGGGCAUCUCCAACAACAGGAUCAACAUAAGUGUCCGACGACUGGGGGGAUCCUACGGCGCAAAGCUGCUCCAGAGCACCUUCAUCAGCUGCGCAUGUGCUGUUGCUGCGUAUGUCUUGAAUCGUCCAGCGAGGUUCAUCAUGACCAUCGAGAGCAACAUGAUGACCAUUGGAAAGCGGUUUCCAGUGAAGCACGACUAUGAGGUUGAAGUUGAUGCUGAUGGGGUCAUCCAGUACUUGGAUCAGAAGACGUAUCACAAUGUGGGGGUUCAUUUCACUGAUAUGAUCGCAGCCGUGACCUUUAGUCACUGCAAUUCUUGCUACGAUAAAACCACUUGGAACACUCUGGGUUACGAAGUUCGUACUGAUAUUCCAGGGAACACUUUUGUGAGGGCACCAGGUUCCACUGAAGGUGUCGCAAUGACGGAGAAUAUAAUGGAGCACAUUGCUCACGCCCUGGGGAAAAAUCCUCUGGAAGUCCGUCUGAAUAAUAUCGCGGUCCAGCAUAAAGACGAGUUAACUAAAAUGAUAGCUGAUAUGAAAGCCACAUCGGACUACGACACCCGGAACGAAGCCAUCAAUCUCUUCAAUAAGGAAAACCGCUGGAAGAAGAGAGGCAUCAGUCUGAUGCCUCUGAUGUAUCCAGUUGCUACAUAUGGCCAGUGGAACGUCCUCAUAUCAGUUUAUCCAGUGGAUGGUACAGUUGCUAUUUCUCACGGAGGAGUCGAGUGCGGUCAGGGAAUCCACACGAAGGUAGUCCAGGCUGUAGCACACACCCUGGGGAUUGAUAUCGAUAUGGUGAACGUGAAGCCGACGAAUAAUUUCGUGGCACCCAAUAAUUUCGUUACUGGGGGAUCUAUAGCCACCGAGUGUGUAGUUAACGUAGCGAUAUCAGCUUGCAAAGAGCUGCUCACACGUUUCGAGCCGAUAAAAAAAGAACUGGGGAAUCCCACGUGGCUGGAAUUGGUCGGGACUGCGUAUGCGCAGAAUGUUAAUCUCUGCGUUCAAAAUAUGGUAUUCGAGGAUACCUCGAGAGCCUACCCCAUCUACGGGGUAACAGUCACCGAAGUAGAAGUAGAUGUGUUGACCGGACAACAUCUGAUCCGGCGAGUUGAUCUUCUUGAGGAUGUGGGUGUCAGCAUGAACCCCGAGAUUGAUAGAGGACAAGUGGAGGGUGCAAUGGUCAUGGGGCUGGGUUAUUGGACCUCCGAGGAUGUCAUUUAUGAUCCUACUACUGGACAGCUCGUUAACAAUCGAACCUGGAACUACAAACCACCAGGUGCCAAAGACAUCCCCGUUGACUUCCGGAUCACACUGAGGACCACGAAAAAUCCAGUUGGCGUCCUGGGAUCGAAAGCUGUUGGUGAACCUCCUCUUUGCCUGAGCUACUCUGUCCUGUUGGCUAUAAAACACGCGCUAAAUUCAGCUCGAAAGGACGCUACCGGUGACUCCUCGUGGUAUCAAUUCGAUGGACCUGCCACCGCCGAAAAGAUACUCCUGACAAGUCUUACGAACAAAGACCUAAUGGUACUGUAGUGGACACGCCUUCGCACACCAAAAAUAAUUGCAGUUUAAGAAAAUAAUAAUCCUAAAACCCAAUCACUCUCUUUAUAUAGAUUUAGAAUAAAAACAAUGACGUUGUUGAUUAAAUAAAAUACGCAGUUGUCGCA